UGCUGAUGGCCAUGGAAGGCUACCGGGGCUUCCUGGGACUGCUGGUGUCCGCGCUGCUCGUGGGCUUCCUGUCGGUGAUCUUCGUGCUCAUCUGGGUCCUGCACUUCCGAGAGGGGCUUGGCUGGGACGGCGGCGCGCUCGAGUUUAACUGGCACCCGGUGCUCGCCGUGACCGGCUUCGUCUUCAUCCAGGGCAUCGCCAUCAUCGUGUACAGAUUGCCAUGGACCUGGAAGUGCAGCAAGUUCUUGAUGAAAUCCAUCCACGCCGGGUUAAACGCUGUGGCUGCCAUCCUGGCCAUCAUCUCAGUCGUGGCCGUGUUUGAUUAUCACAAUGUCCGAAAAAUCCCCCACAUGUACAGUCUGCACAGCUGGGUUGGACUGACAGUUCUCAUACUCUACAUCCAACAGCUUGUUGUAGGCUUUUUCAUCUUUCUGCUUCCAUGGGCUCCGCCCUCUCUCCGGGCAAUCGUCAUGCCCAUACAUGUGUAUUCUGGACUCCUCCUCUUUGGAACAGUGAUUGCCACGGUCCUCAUGGGAGUGACGGAAAAGCUGUUCUUUGUCCUGAAAAAUCCUUCGUACCAUUCAUUCCCACCAGAAGGUGUUUUUACAAAUACCCUGGGCCUUCUGAUUCUGGUAUUUGGAGCCCUCAUCUUUUGGAUUGUCACCAGGCCACAAUGGAAACGCCCUAGGGAACCAGGCUCUAUCCCUCUUCAGCUAAAUGGAGGCAACGCAGACGGAAUGGAGGGCGCCAUAGCAAUAAGCUCCGCCCACAACAUGGACGCUGCAGACGCAGAGUUAAGCAGCGAGGGAGCAGCCCGGAAAAGAACCCUCGGCCUUGUUGACACUGGCCAGAGGUCCACCAUGUGAAAUGUUGAUGCAGCCACGUAACUUCUCUUCCAAAGUCAGCCCUACGAUUUAGCUUCUCCUACCUAGCCAUAGGCCGAUGUAUAUUGUGGUAACCAAGGAGGUUUUCCUGAGAGCGAUUGUGUUGACUGAGGCCUGUAAACUUACCAAAUGUAAAAGGACAUGAUCAAUAUAAGUUGUGAUUGUUUCCUCUUUCCUCUUGAGGACCCGGGCGUUGGAUGUACCUGCCAGUGGGUUGUCUGAUGAACUGGUAGCACCCUUGGCCUCUGGCUAUGCCCCAUUAAUUCGGGGAGCCCAGUGAUUUCAGAACUAGGUAGAACCUCUCUUAAUCUUUAAAAUUAGAUCACAAAUACCUGGAGAGGGAUUUGGAUCAUUGUGCCACAAAGAUAUUGUGAGGAAAACAUGGGGGUGGCAGCGGUGGUGGUGCCUUAGGAAAAUAUCUAGUUCCCUCUCCAGCUGAUUUGGCCUCACACAGACUCUGAACGUGACAGAAUAUACGAGGGUGUUUUGGAGCAGUUUGGUUAGUUGCAGACAGCUGAAGAGAUCUCUGGUUAGACUUGGAAGCUUUUGUAACACUCAGUCCAGUGCCAGUACUCCGAGGAGCCGGUAUACUUCACGGUUCAGCUUCUGAACCUCUUGCAAUGCAAACACGCUCAGGCCCCAUAAACCCGCCUUGUGUCCGCAGCCUGUGAAGGGUGCCCUCGAGAUUCUGUUUUUAUUUUCCAAAGUGCUUCUCUAGCUCUUACUAUGUGCUUUACAAAUAUUAGCUCCUUCAGUCUCCAGACAGACUCUGCGAGACAGGUAUUGUAACUAGCCCCAUUUUAGGUGAAAGAUCUGAAGCUUGGAAAGGUUAUAACUUGGCCCAGCAUCACACACUUCUUUAAUUGGUGGAACUGACAUUCAAACCCUGGCGGUCUGGCUCCUCUGCCCAAGAUCCUAUAUUUCACCAUAUUCCUUCCCCUGUUUAUUCUAAUUGGCAGCACUAUGGUCUACCUAGGAAUAAAGUUGCAGAUGAAGGCUAGUGGAAUUGUUACAGGAUGCUGCCUUACCUUUGGUCCUCUUCCAAGGGGACCCCUUAGAUGAUGGGAAAGGCGCCGGAAAGACUUGGAUGGAGAUCCUGGGGCAUUAGCCAUUGCCAACAAGCCAGAGCCUGCCUUGAUGCUCUCUAAUUUUAACAGGGCAUCUGUCUUGCCGACAAGAAGACUUGGACGAGGAUACUCACAGCCUUCAAGCCAUUACCAUACUGGUUCCUCGGGAUCUUAGCGGCUGAACACAAUUUGGAAACACACAUAUCCUGGUCUGCCCUUCCCUCGGACCAUAGGCAGGUUCCUUCCUGAUUUCUGUGGAAUUUGGAGUUCUUAGCAGGGAGCUGAGAUUUAGAAGUGAUUUUCACAUGGCCAGACUUCUCUCUCAGCUCUGAUGGAAACCUGCAGUAGUAACUGGGCCAAAACGAUGCCUGUAGCGGGUAGUUUAGGCGACUGUGCUCUGAGCUCUCAGACAGUCGCAGGCUCGUACCUGCCCAGGAGCUCUCUUCGAUCCGAGGAUGAAAGACACGCACAUUAGCUAAUUUUUAAGUUGCCUUAUUGGGUGUGUGGCUGAGCUCUUCUAAGCCAUCCACGGCUACCAUGCGCUUACCUUUACUCCUAGCUCAACAUCUCUAAAUCUACCCUCAACUUAGUUGCCCGCUCACUUUCUGCGAAGCCCAUUGGUCUUGCUGCUCAAGAUGCUCUCAGGCUGCCCUUCCGUGGGCUGCUUUCCUUUUCCGCCUACAUUUUGGAAGAUCUCCCCUGCAGCUCUGAGUCUAUUCCACCUCUCUCCCCCAAGUACCUUAGUUCUACCUUUUCCACCUUCUCUCCUAGCCUGCAGAAACCUGGAAGUCCCGCCUAUUUCCGCCCAGCCAUUGACCACUGGCAUCUUUAUUGAUAGAUCAAAAACCAAUUGGGAGCAAGGACCUUUAGUGUCAGUAAACACAGAUUCCCGACUAAAUCAAAGCUUCAAACCACUCCUCUACAGAGGCCUGGUGCAGAUUGCCUGGUUUUUGGUUUCUCUGCAUUUUCUGAUUGAGGCACUUGGGCACUAAAGUGUGAGCCUUGUAGUUCCAGCUGCUCGAGAGGCUGAACUUAAGGUACAGUUCAAGGCCAGCCUGGGCAACUGAGUGAAACUCUCUCUUAGGAUUUUGGUUUCUCUAGUAACCCAAGUUGGCCUCUCUCGUUGUAUAAUUAAGGGUGACCUUGAAGACGUGGUUCUCCUUGCCUUCCCAAAGCUGGAUGACAGGCGUGUACCACCAGCCACUGUGCCUUAGCACGGCUCCGUCUUUUAAAUAAAUAAAGCCAAACCAAACAAGAAUUUUAAGAUGGAGAGAAAAAACGUGUAGUUUACAGAGAAAUACACUUAACAUGUUUGGCGUGUAGCGAAAUUCCUUUUAGGUAACAUGAUUUAUUUCCAAAAGACCAAAUACGGGGCGGGGUUGGGGAUUUAGCUCAGUGGUAGAGCACUUGCCUAGCAAGCGCAAGGCCCUGGGUUCGGUCCUCAGCUCCGGAAAAAAAAAAAAAAAAAAAAAAA